AUGCGUCUAACGCGACAUGGUGUGGGCCAGUUUGACUUCGAACCUUCCAACAUCAUCACCACCAUGCCUACCGAAGAAGAACUUGAGAUCCCAGAGGGAUAUAAAGAAUAUGUUCAACACAUCUUAGGGAAGUCGAAGGAGCGGCAGGAGUUCAUGCACGGUGUCAUCACCGAUAAGAAAUACUGCGAUGCGUGCUCGAACUGGGAGCAGUGUGGAGGCUCGCACCAGCCUGCUCACACUUACAAAUGUUGGUCGUGCCGCAGGAAGAAGAUCAUCUGUCCCUGGAAGCGCAACUUCCUCGUACGUUACACAGCCGUGAAGUUCCAGCUCUCGCGGGAGGACGCUGAACAGGUCUAUCGACUCUGCGGGAAAUCACUCGUGGCCGUCAAAGACGAUGGGAGUUCGAGUCGAAGAAAGAAGGCAGAUGAGGGUGGCAAGAGGAUAACUCGGGGACGGGUCGUCCAAAUGGCCUCCGGCAGUGCACAGGACGCGCACCGGGAGACACGAGAGGUGUCGGAUAACCGUAGGAAGCAGCAAGGGGUCUUGGUUGAAGAGCGAGAGCCCACAUCGAUCGAGGGCCCCAAUCCGAGCAAGAAGCGGAAGUUGAACUCGAUGCUAGCGGUGACUACACCGUCGCUCGUCGCGGUCAAUGGCAACCACGCAAGCAUCAGUGCUACCCCCAGCGAACUCUCCUCAAGCCCCCUGUCCGACCUAUCUUCUCCCAGGACCUCCGAGUCCGAACCAUCAACUCCUCCAACACCUCAUCCUUCCUCGCCACCACCCCUCCCGAUCGCAAGUCCCAACAACCUCGUCCAGGCCCUCAACUCCCAACUCUCGACCGCCAAAUCCCAUAUCCAGCUCCUCCAGCAGCAGCAAUUGUUGCUGACGGCCCAUGUGGCCCGAGUCGAGUCAGAGCGUGAUGCGUUGAAGGACGUGGAGGACGGCCUACGACGCACGGUUGCGGAACAGAUGCGGCACAUUGCUGCUGUGGAAGCGCGCCUUGAUGAUGUUCCGGAUGCCCUGCCAGUGAGCCUGGUUAGUACGGAGGUGCAGACGGAGGCAAGUGCAGAGGAGAGGGUGCAAAGCCCGACGGUGGCCCCACGCUCGGAGAGCAGGCCAGAUGGGACCUCAGCAUUGCAAACCCACAUGCGAUGGAUCAUGAACGGGCUCAUCGACUGCGACGUGGAACUGGAACGGAUGCGCAAUCACCAAAACGAAACGGUACCGGAGCGAGAGGCGAGGAUUGAGAAAGUCCAAGAGAUCCUGACGAAGCUUGAGCGGUAUGCCGUACGGGCGAUUGCCAGCGCCAGUGGGUGA